GCCCUGACCGAGGUCAUCAAAAGUCAGACAGAGUUUCAUUAAGCUAUAGGCAAUCAUUUUUACAUUUACAUUUACAUUUAAGUCAUUUUUAUUGCACCUUUAGGCCUAAUUUGGAAAUGUUUAACUUCAAUUCACUGGCACUAUGAAGAUCAGUUUAGCCAUACUCACUGACUGCCUAAUAUAUACUUUAAUAUACUUUUGGUAAUUUACGAGGCAUAGCUAGAUACAGAUUACCAAAAUACAGCCUAUGCGCAUGGUUCCAACAGUCUUUCUGCCUGACCCUAUCUUCUCUCUCCCUCGCCUGCUCCUCUUUCCCUUCGCUAUGAAAAACGCUAGUGUGUGCGUGUAGAAUAGCUCAGCCUACUCAUUGAUAGCCCUUACUUUAGUGAAUUUGCACGAGGCAUUACAAGGCAAGAAAUUGUGAAAUACAGCAUUGCUAUAGCCUACAUAUUUUGAUAACCGAUGCACAGUUUCUGCCUGGUGGCGGACAUGUUUUAUUUAUAAUACUUCGUCGUUUGGUUGGGAAGGAACGGUAGUCAGGACCGACAUGAUUCGUCUGUCUCUCUGUAGACAGUGGCGGCAGACUGAAAGUAAUACGUUUCUGGUUCACUGUUUUAAGCAAAAUUCCCCAUGAUAGGACCCAGCCCAGGUCCCCCAGCCUCUGGGCACUCCCACCCACAACAGGGGCCCUCAGUAUAUCCUCAGGAGAAUAUGCAUCAGAUGCACAAACCUAUGGAAGGCAUGCAUGAGAAGGGCAUGUCUGAUGACCCUCCAUAUGGACCAAUGAAGAGCAUGGGCAUGAGACCAGGUGGAGGCCACAUUGGAAUGGGAACCCCUCCUAGCCCCAUGGACCAACAUUCCCAAGGCUACCCCUCUCCACUGGGGGGUUCUGAGCACUCUCCCAGCCCCGUGCCAGCCAACGGCCCUCCACCCUGCCCCAUGAUGCCUUCUGGCCCAGGUGUCCCCAUGGAGGGUGGUGACCCCCAGGCCAUGGCCCAGCAGAACCUCAGUGGUGUCCUGAGUGGUGGUUCUGUGCCAGGUGGGGUUGGGCCAGGUGGACCCACCCCCUUCAACCAAAACCAGCUGCACCAGCUCAGGGCCCAGAUCAUGGCCUACAAGAUGCUGGACCGCAGCCAGCCCCUGCCAGACCACCUGCAAAUGGCCGUGCAGGGCAAGAGGCCCAUGCCAGGGAUGCAGCAGCAGCCACGGAUCCCCAACAUGCCCCCUUCCUCUGGGCCUGGAGCGGGGCCUGGACAGCCACCAGCAAACAGACCUCAUGGAAUGGUAGGCCCAAACAUGCCUUCUUCAGGACCCUCAGGUGUUUCCCCUGGUAUGCAGGGCCAGCCCACCAAUGGACCCCCUAAACAAUGGCCCGAAGGGCCCAUGGUGAAUGCUGCUGCUCCAUCCAGUGCCCCCCAGAAGCUGAUUCCCCCUCAGCCCACUGGGAGACCCUCCCCUGCUCCCCCCUCCGUGCCCCCUGCUGCCUUCCCGGUCAUGCCCCCCCAGACUCAGUCCCCAGGGCAGCCCCCACCCAUGGUGCUACACCAGAAACAGAACCGCAUCACGCCCAUCCAGAAGCCCCGUGGCCUGGACCCAGUGGAGAUCCUCCAGGAGAGAGAGUACAGGCUGCAGGCUCGAGUGCUGAGGAGCGUAGCGAGUAAAAAUCGUCUGUCCUCCGUUGCAACACUCACUACCGAGUUUCGAACUGCCUCUGGAAGCAACGUCAGCACAAGAACUGUUCGUCGGGAGCUUCAUGAAAUGGGUUUCCAUGGCCGAGCAGACGCACACAAGCCUAAGAUCACCAUGCGCAAUGCCAAGCGUCGACUGGAGUGGUGUAAAGCUCACCGCCAUUGGACUCUGGAGCAGUGGAAACGCGUUCUCUGGAGUGAUGAAUCACGCUUCACCAUCUGGCAGUCCGACGGACGAAUCUGGCUUUGGCGGAUGCCAGGAGAAAGCUUCCUGACCGACUGCAUAGUGCCAACUGUAAAGUUUGGUGGAGGAGGAAUAAUGGUCUGGGGAUGUUUUUCAUGGUUUGGGUUAGGCCCCUUAGUUCCAGUGAAGGGAAAUCUUAACGCUACAGCGUACAAUGACAUUCUAGACGAUUCUGUGCUUCCAACUUUUUGGCAACAGUUUGGGGAAGGCCCUUUCCUGUUUCAGCAUGACAAUAGCCCAAUGCACAAAGUGAGGUCCAUACAGAAAUGGUUUACCGAGAUUGGUGUGGAAGAACUUGACUGGCCUGCACAGAGCCCUGACCUCAAUCCCAUCGAACACCUUUGGGAUGAAUUGGAACGCCGACUGCGAGCCAGGCCUAAUCGCCCAACAUCAGUGCCCGAUCUAACUAAUGCUCUUAUGGCUGAAUGGAAGCAAGUCCCCGCAGCAAUGUUCCAACAUCUAGUGGAAAGCCUUCCCAGAAGAGUAGAGGCUGUUAUAGCAGCAAAGGGGGGACCAACUCCACAUUAAUGUCCAUGAAUUUUGGAAUAAUAUGUUCAAAAAGCCAGUGUCGCCAUACAGGGGGUGCAGGGGGUGUUAGAUAAGCUCAAAUGUUGCAAAUUGAUUGUGGCUUCUAUCAGUGUAAAUAUCUGUAUCAUUUCCAAUCCCACAUGUAUUUUAUGGCUGUUUAUUUACAGUACCAGUCAAAGGUUUAGACACACCUACUCAUUCCAGAGUUUCUUUAUUUUUACUAUUUUCUACAUUGUAGAAUAAUAGUAUAGACUUCAAAACUAUGAAAUAACACACAUGGAAUCAUGUAGUAACCAAAAAAGUGUUAAACAAAUCAAAAUAUAUUUGAUAUUUGAGAUUUGUCAAAAGUAGCCACCUGUUGCCUUGACAGCUUUUCACACUCUUGGCAUUCUCUCAACCAGCUUCAUGAGGAAGUAAUCUGAAAUGCAUUUCAAUUAACAGGUGUGCCUUGAUAAAGUUAAUUUGUGGAAUUUAUUUCCUUAAUGCACUUGAGCCAAUCAGUUGUGUUGUGACAAGGUCGGGGUGGUAUACAGAAGAUACCUGAGUAAAAUACCAAGUCCAUAUUAUGGUAAGAACAGCUCAAAUAAGCAAAGAGAAACAAUAGACCAUAUUUACUUUAAGACACAAAGGUCAGUCAAUCCGGAAAAUGUCAAGAACUUUAAACGUUUCUUUAAGUGCAGUCACAAAAACCAUCAAGCGCUAUGAUGAAACUGGCUCUCAUGAGGACCGCCACAGGAAAGGAAGACACAGAGUUACCUCUGAUGCAGAAGAUAAGUAAGUUCAUUACAGUUACCAGCCUCAAAAAUCGGCAAUUAACUGCACCACAGAUUGAAGCACAAAUAAAUGCUUCACAGAGUUCAAGUAACAGACAUCUCAACAUCAACUGUUCAGAGGAGACUGCGUGAAUCAGGCCUUCAUGGUAAAACUGCUGCAAAGAAACCACUACUAAAGGACACCAGCUUGGGCCAAGAAACACAGGCAAUGAACAUUAGACCUUGGACAUCUGUCCUUUGGUCUGAUGAGUCCAAAUUCGAAAUUUUUGACUCCAACUGCCGUGUCUUUGUGAGACGCAGAGUAGGUGAACAGAUGAUCUCUGCAUGUGUGGUUCCCACCGUGAAGCAUGGAGGAGGAAGUGUGAUGGUGUGGGGGUGCUUUGCUGUUGACACUGUGAUUUAUUUAGAAUUCAAGGCACACUUAACUUGCAUGGCUACGACAGCAUUCUUCAGCAAUACGCCAUCCCAUCUGGUUUCCGCUUAGUGGGACUAUCAUUUGUUUUUCAACAGGACAAUGAAUCAACACACCUUCGGGCUGUGUAAGGCCUAUUUGACCAAGAAGGAGAGUGAUGGAGUGCUGCAUCAGAUGACCUGGCCUCCACAAUCACCCGACCUCAAACCAAUUGAGAUGGUUUGGGAUUUCUUGGACCACAGAGUGAAGAAAAGCAGCCAACAAGAGUUCAGCAUAUGUGGAAACCCCUUCAAGACUGUUGGAAAAGUAUUCCAGGUGACUACCUCAUGAAGCUGGUUGAGAGAAUGCCAAGAGUGUGUAAAGCUGUCACCAAGGCAAAGGGUGGCAACUUUGAAAAAUAUAACAUAUUUUGAUUUGCUUAACACUUAUUUUUGGUUACUUACAUGAUUUCAUGUGUUAUUUCAUAGUUUUGAUGUCUUCACUAUUAUUCUACAAUGUAUAGAAUAGUACAAAUAAAGAAAAACCCUUGAAUGACUAGGUGUGUCCCCAAACUUUGACAGAUUUAUAUAUAUAUAUAUAUUGUCGGUUUUAUUUUCCCAUAACACUGCCACCCCUCCCCUUUUCGGAUUAAACUAAUGGGCAACAACACUUAGGCUUCUACUUCCAGCUUAUACAUACUGUACAUUUUAUGGACACAGUACAUUUUACUUUAGUUAUCUUGUUUUUUGUUAUUUUUUGGUACCACCCUUCAGCUCCUCUCAACCCCUCCCAUCCAUCUCUGAACACCAUUCAGUUUUGAUGUCUAUUUGCCAUAUAUUUUUCAGCUGUAAUGCAAAAGUUUGGAACCUUUCUAUUGUCAUAUUUUCUACAGAUUGUAAAUUAAAUAAACAUUUUUUCUAAGAGUA